AAGCAAGAACUGGAAACUCACCAUCUCCUGCCAAAACACUACACUGCAUAAACUUAUACAGGAGGGUCAUUUGCAGUGUCCACGCACAUACAGAGUCUAUGGUCGGAAGAACAAGACAUUUUCUUCUAGCUGUGUGGAAAGCUCCAGCCCUCAGUCAGCAUCCAGUGUGGAGACGAAUGAAUCCAUUGAAGACCAUGAAAAGUGGAUAGAGGAAGAGGACAAUAAACAAGAAGACAGCGAGCCAGUGGAUUUGUCUGAAUUUCAGGCUUUUGCUUUACCAGUCAGCUGUGGUUCUGUCAGUGGGUUUUUAUAUAAAGACAGAUUUGCAGGGUCACGCAGUAAGAGCAUCCGCACAAAGGAGCACUGGUUCACUCCUGAGGAGUUCGUAAAGCAGGAGUUAACUCAGACAGACGCUGGAAGAAAGACAUACUGUGUCACGGCAAAACCUUUAACUACCUGGUGAAGAAAAAAAUCCUGUAUAUCCAUUCACUGCAGUGACACUGUCAUCUGUGCUGUCCUGAGAACCAGCUGGACCAGGAUAAUGACGUGUGCUACAUUUGUAACUCGGCGGGAAAUCUGGUGUUCUGUGACGAGUGUCCACAAGCUUUUCACCAUCACUGCCACUUACCAUCUCUACAGGAGGACACACUUGGGAGUGUAAGUAAUUCCAGCAGAAGAGAUCAGCAUCUUCAGGACUCAGCUGUGUGUCCAUGAGCUGUCUGUGUUUACACUAAUAUUCAAACAUGGAGACCCCUGACCUGGACACAGAUAAUGUGACUCCACCCUCAAACAACCAUAAACUGCAGAGAAAGAGAUCAGACUCACCAGAACCCAGCUGUGUCUCCAUGAAGAGUGAUGCUUCUAUGGAGCGUCCUCUGCACUUUAGAAAUAAAGACUGCUCAUCUGUACACAGUAAACUACAGAGAAAGAGAUCAGACUCACCAGAACCCAGCUGUGUCUCCAUGAAGAGUGAUGAGUCUAUGGUUCCUCCAUGGAGCUUUAGAAAUAAAGACUCCUCAUCUAUACACAGUGUUCUACAGAAGUCAGGAGACAGAAGAGAAAAGAACAUCAUCACAGCUACAGGACACGACCCAGAACCUGCUGCUGUAAAUGACUUCCAGAAAAAGUUCAAAUUAAAUCUGGUGAAGAAGUUUCAGUGUUUAAAUGGAGUGAUGAUAAACCUGGAAAACCGAACACUCCUGAAUGAGAUCUACACAGAGGUCUACAUCACAGAGGGAGACAGUGGAGACGUCAAUAAAGAACAUGAGGUGAGACAGAUCGAGGCAGCAUCCAGGAGAACAACAACAGAGGAAACACCAAUCAAAUGCAAUGACAUCUUUAAGCCCUUAUCUAAAAAAGACGAACCCAUCAGAACUGUGCUGACAAAGCCCUCACCUAAAAAAGACAAACCCAUCAGAACUGUGCUUGAGAACCCUGUAUCUGAUCAAGACAAACCCAUCAGAACUGUACUGACAAAGGGAGUCGCUGGCAUCGGAAAAACAGUUUCUGUGCAGAAGUUCAUUCUGGACUGGGCUGAAGGGAAAGUAAAUCAGGACAUCCAGCUCAUGUUUCCACUACCUUUCAGAGAGCUGAAUUUGAUGAAAGACCAGAAACUGAGUCUGAUGGAUCUCCUUCAUGUCUGUUUUAAGGAGACAAAAGAAACAGAAAUGUCCAGUUUGGAAAAGGUUCUGUUCAUUUUUGACGGAUUGGACGAGUAUCGUUUUCCUCUGGAUUUCCAGAACACAGUGCGAGUGUGUGAUGUAACUGAAUCAGCAUCAGUGCAUGUGCUGCUGAUAAACCUGAUCAAAGGGAAUCUGCUUCCCUCUGCUCUCAUCUGGAUCACCUCCCGACCAGCAGCAGCUGAUCAAAUCCCCUCGGAGUGUGUCCAUCGAGUCACAGAGAUAAGAGGGUUCAAUGAUCCACAGAAGGAGGAGUACUUCAGGAAGAGGAUCAGUGAUCAGAGCCUGGCCAAUGACAUCAUCACACACCUGAAGUUAUUAAGAAGCCUCUACAUCAUGUGCCACAUCCCAGUCUUCUGCUGGAUUUCAGCCACUGUUCUAGAGAGAAUGUUGGAUGAAGCAGAGAGUGGAGAGAUCCCCAAGACUCUGACUCAAAUGUACACACACUUCCUCAUCAUUCAGACGAACAUCAUAAGAGAAAAGUACUCAAAGAAGCAGGAGAGUGAUGAAGAAAUGCUUCUCAAACUGGGACAACUGGCUUUUCUGCAUCUGAUGAAAGGCAACCUGAUCUUCUAUGAGGAAGACCUGAGAGUGUGUGGCAUUGAUGUGAGAGAAGCAGCAGUGUACUCAGGUGUGUGUACACAGAUCUUCAGAGAAGAGUUUGGACUUCACCAGAGUAAAGUGUACUGCUUUGUUCAUCUGAGCAUUCAGGAGCAUCUCGCAGCUCUGUAUGUGCACCUGACAUGCAUGAAGGAAAAGAGAAAUGUUCUUGAACAGAGUUGGGUCUUUAAGACAAUUUCAGAUGUCCACAAGAGUGCUGUAGAUCAGGCCUUAAACAGUGAGACCGGAAAUCUGGAUCUUUUCCUCCGUUUUCUUCUGGGUCUCUCACUGGAGUCCAAUCAGAAACUCUUACAUGCCUUAGUAACACAUAAAGGAAGUAGCUCCCAGACAGGAAAGGGGGACACAGUACAGUACAUCAAGGAGAAGAUCAAUAGAAAUACCCCUAUAGAGAAAUCCAUCAAUCUGUUCCACUGUCUGAAUGAACUGGGGGACAAUUCUCUAGUGGAGGAAAUCCAACGCUACCUGAAAUCUGGAACACAAAGUGAACUCUCUUCCUCACAGUGGUCUGCUCUGGUGUUUGUCUUACUGACAUCAGCAGAGGAGCUGGAGGAAUUUGACCUGAGUAAAUAUAUCUCUACAGAUAAAAUAAGAGAUGAGAUUCUUGUGAAGGUGAUGCCUGUGAUUGCAGCAUCCAGAAAAGCAAUUAUCAGGUGUGAUACACUUCAAGAACGUGGUUGGUCAGCUCUGGCCUCAGUUGUCAGCUCAGAAACCUCUAAUCUGAGAGAACUGCAUCUGACUGUGGAUACACUGAAUCUGAGUGAGAUAUAUCUAGGAGCCUCAGGAGUGAAGCGUCUCUCUGCUCUACUGGAGAAUCCUCAUUGUAAAGUAAAAAAUCUGAAGUUGGAGUGUUGUGAUAUCUCAGUUGAAGGCUGUGCUGCUCUGGCUUCAGCUCUGAGAUCAAACCCCUCACACCUGAGAGAACUGGAUCUGUCUCAUAAUAAACUAGGAGACUCAGGAGUGAAGAGUCUCUCUGCUGUACUGGAGAAUCCUCACUGUAAACUGGAGAUACUAAAGUUAUGGAAUUGUCGUGUCUCAGGUGAAGGCUGUGCUGCUCUGACUUCAGCUCUGAGAUCAAACCACUCAUACCUGAGAGAACUGGAUCUGUCCUGGAAUAGCCUAGGAGACUCAGAAGUGAAGUGUCUCUCUGCUGUACUGGAGAAUCCUCACUGUAAACUGGAGAUACUGAGGUUGUGUGGUUGUGAUGUCUCAGGUGAAGGCUGUGCUGCUCUGGCUUCAGCUCUGAGAUCAAACCCCUCACACCUGAGAGAACUGGAUCUGUAUGAGAAUAAACUAGGAGACUCAGGAGUGAAGUGUCUCUCUGCUCUGAAGAAAGAUAAACAUUACAAACUACAGACACUGAGACUAGACACACAUCUCUACAUUGAGUAGAAUGACCUGUGAUCCCUGGACAAAAUUUCCUCAAUCUCAAUGAAAACCUGAGGGAUUAUUUGGAACAGCAGGUGAAAAACCACACGAACUCCAACUGAACCCAGUCAGUGGAAGACGGAGCUGAGAUGGACAGGAACAGUUUCAUGACAUUGGUGGGAUUCUCACCUGACAGGAUUAGCAUCUGAGGAGUUUAUGUGAAGAAGCCCCUAGGACAGUGGUUUUCAAAGUGUUUUGAAACACUCCCGGGGGUGCCCGGGAGGCCUCAACAAUUUGGUGUGAAAAAUAAAUUCUCAGUCUCACACACGCAAUCAAUUCCUAAUAUAAUGUAAAGAUGUAAUUAUUAAUAAUAUAAAAAGGGGAAUAUAUUCAGAAGUCUGUAUUUUUAAUGCGUUUUAAAGACAGGGGGCCUCGUUCAAAUGUUAAUGCCAUUUGGGGGGCCUUGCCCUGGCAAAGUUUGGGAACCCCUGCCCUAGGAGACUCACUACAAGUCACAUGUAUCCAUCUGUCCUUUAGUUGGUAUUUAAUAUAGUGUAGAUCUUUUGGUUACAGGAUCAGAUCUAAUCUGUUCUUUAUUUUCUCUGAUAUCUGUUCCCUAUUUCUUUGCUCAUAUCAGCUGAUCAUACUGAUCAUACCCGGUAUGGGAUCAGUGCCAUCUCUAUUACUUAAGUAUACACUACUUGCAAUAAUUUCCAUAAUUGUAUCAGUCGAAUACAGUAUAUUUUGCAGAAGUGAAUAUAUAAGUACAAUAUAAUUAUGUAAUACAAUGUUAUUACUUGUGCUGUAUAAAAUUAGUUCAUGUAUUUAACAUGAAUUUGUGUCUGUCAUGAUCAAAGAUUUAACUCUGGACUACAGUUCCCAGCAGCCACUGCACCUCACUGCAUCAUGGUCACAUGACCACCUGCACCUGAAUCGUUCAUGUUAGCAGCACUUGUGUGUAUAUAUGGUUUGUUUAUUCUUAGCCUUAGUGUUUUUUACCACAAAUUCUUAGCUACCGUUUUGUUUGUAUUUUUAUUAAACCUAAUCUG